CCUACAGACCCCUGGAAGCCUCACUCUUAUCGGCCUGCUCUGUAUCUGGCUCCUCCUUUUUCACCUCCAAACAGGUACAGAAAUAAGAUAGCAUUUUGACAAGGAUCAUUAUACACACAUGCAGAAACACAGUUCACUUACUGUACACAACUGGGAAAGAAGUGAUUGGGGGUAGUAGUCUCUAGGGUACUUGCCUUUGACCCUAGGUUGUCAUGGUGUCUUUAGGCCAGUUGACUUUGACACUAGGGUGUCUCUAUGUCUCUAGGGUACUUGCCUUUGACCCCAGGUUGUCAUGGUGUCUUUAGGCCAGUUGACUUUGACACUAGGGUGUCUCUAUGUCUCUAGGGUACUUGCCUUUGACCCUAGGUUGUCAUGGUGUCUUUUGGCCAGUUGACUUUGACACUAUGGGGGUUUCUAUGUCUCUAGGGUACUUGCCUUUGACCCUAGGUUGUCAUGGUGUCUUUAGGGCAGUUGACUUUGACAGUAGGGUGUCUCUAUGUCUCUAGGGUACUUGCCUUUGACCCUAGGUUGUCAUGGUGUCUUUAGGCCAGUUGACUUUGACACUAAGGUGUCUCUAUGUCUCUUGGGUACUUGCAUUUGACCCUAGCGUGUUACAAUACCAAGAGGACACUAGCACAGUUGUGAAGAGAAUGUAGCAACUCUGGACCCAUAGAGCCAGGGGUAGCAUUAUAUCCCAGGAAUGAGAUGCCAUAUUACCACCCCUGGUGGCAAAAGUACAGUCAGUAAUGGCAGACAUUGCAAGAAUUCCAGAAUGCAGGGCAUUAUAAUGUAUAGAAGCUCGACCUUGUAAAAGCUACUUGAAGUAUGAUUGUUUACUAUUUCAAGGUGAAUGUUUGACUUGAUGAUGUCAAGCCAUAUCCUAGGUUACAUGAUGUAAGGAAACAUUCUUCAGAGGUCACACGAUACAUUUUAAAGAUGCGGAAGAGGCUUGUGAGAUUAUGUGGAGGCUCUGCACACGUCACUGGAGUGGCCAGAGGGCUAAGACCCUGGGUUUGUUUAGAGUUGCCAUGGCGACAGCUAAAGCAGAGGAGUAGCAAGGAUACACAAAGCAGGCUGGAUAAUAACGUGAUUUACCCACAGGCUCUUAAAUAAUAUCGAUAAUGCGUAACCAAUCAAAUUACCAUGUCCCAGAACUCCCAAUCACCUCAUUCACUUCACACUAAGCUGGCUCAUCUUGUAUUGUAUGUCUUCCCUCCAGCAAAUUGCUACUUCAUGGCUGAGUCCAAGGCUGAGUUCUUGCAGGGUUGUGGCGACUACUGGACCUCGCUGGAGCAGGUUCCGGUGCUCGUCCAGGUGACCAUAUGCAUGGAGGUGCGAGUUCUCUCCCCUGGCCCAUGGACAGCCUUUACCUAUAGUUCCCCAGACAGCCCGCUUUAUGACCUAGCACUGCGGGGCGAUGGACGCGGCCUGGAAGUGUGGUUGCUGGGGGUAAAGCACCACUUCCCGGUGUCCCUGAAAUCCCACCUCUGGCACCACAUCUGCCUCCGGCGUGAUGGUCAUACCUUACUCCUGGAGGUGGAUGAUUGGGCCGACAAGUGCACCGUCACUUCUCAGGCCAUUCCCCCCAGUGGGGAGCUGCUGCUGGGCUGCAAGGGGGAGCGUGACUCUCAGAGGGUGGUGGGCCAGGUGGAAUUGUACCUCUUUCGCAUGUGGAAGGACAUGGCAGAGCACAGCUUCUGUGAGGAUGGCGAAGUGGUGAGCUGGGACUCACGCAAGUGGGCUGUGGCGGGCACAGCAAAGAUCCGGGACAACUCACUGCCCUGUGGUCGGAGACGAGCAAAGCGAGAAGAACCUUUGCCCACCAGUGAAUCUAACAGUCCAGAUCCAACUGUCACGCCCACCCCUGUGCCAUCAUCCAAUCACAGUACAGCUGCAGCCACAACCACAAACUCUGCCCCCAUCAUUCCCAUCCCCCCCACUGGGCCUGCAAACAGUAGUGCCAGCAAUGAGGUGCUGGAGCAACUGGAUGCAUAUAAGAAUCGGCUGGACCUGAACAUCAAUGCAUCCUACAGCUCAGUGCUUCAGCCCGUCCAGUGUAACUUCUCCCAGUUCUGCGCUGAUGACAGGGCAUACUACUGGAUGCCUGUGGCUGUGAAUACCUCUAAUGGCAAAAUCAAUGAGUCAGAGAUCAGCAGCUGGUUGUCCGAGCUAUUUGCCAGUGUCCCCUGCAUGAGCCCCAGUCACGACGAACCCAAGGCCACUGACUCAGCACAUACCUACACUGACGGUUUGUUCUCCACAACAAGUAGCUCAUCAGAAAUCUGGACAGGCAGUGUCACAGCCAGCUAUGGACCUUCGACUCAGAGGAAGAUGGCCUGCAGGAAUGGAACGGCCAGUCAGCUGCAGGGUAUUGAUGUGGCCUGUGAUGGGAAGAAUCAGACAAGGACAGGCCAAUGCAGUGUGCUGCUGCAGCUAAGCCAGCCCGUGGAUACCUGUCUGCUAAGCCAGAUGCUGCAGGAAGGUGGGGGCAAUGGCUCCAUCUAUGCUUCCCUUCUCGGAGAGGUCGAAAGAGUGGGUAAAGGCCUUUGUCUUAUUGGGGACAUGCUGACCCCCAAUGGCAGAUUAGUGAAGUGCAUCUCACCUGCCCCCCUCUCUGAGGUCUGCUCAGCUGAAGGGCUCGACAACGUGACAUGCAAAGCCGUGGAGUCGGUGAGCAGCCCCGUCGAACCCCAGCACCCUGACAGCCAGCUCUGCAGCUCUUCUGGAGGGGAGCAGCAUGCCUGCGAUUGCGCUGCGUUCUGCGGUGACACAGCCAUGUACUACACCGUGGUACUUAACAUCACCAGCCCGUCCCUGAGCAUGGCGGACCUGCAGAACACGAUCUCUGAGCUGAGCUCACCCCCACCCUGCAAUACCUCUGAUGACAGCCAAGAGUAUCUCUGUGUGCUGAUGUCGCAGGUAUCACAGCUGUACCAGGGAGCCCAUCUUGAGUGCCAUGGCAUGGACGUACGGCUGUACAGCUGCAUGGUGAUGCUGAAGCUGGCCGGGCCUCUGGACACCUGCUCUGUCAGUGCAGUCCUGUCCAGUCUGCUCCAGAAUGACAGCGCCAUCACUUUCAAUGGCCUCGUCACACGCACAGCGAUCUGCGGCUGGCCGUCAGAAUCUGCUGCCGAUCUGCUGAACUCCAGCUUCACCUGGGUCUCCACGGAUCUGAACGCUUCUCAGAUAUGCACCCUGCAGGACCCCAGCGUUCUCACCUGCCAGGAUGGUGAGACCCUUGGUAUUCUUCUGAACGAAAGUUGUACAGCAAUUCACCUCCCUACACCCAAAUCCACAGAGAACAUCACCACGACCAGCAAUACCACACAGGGCAGCAGAGUGGAGUCUCCCAGACUCUCAGCACAGAAUAUAACAACACCUUAUCCAGCCAACUCCAAACAUUUUAAAACUACAACAGCUCCACCAAAGUCAACCACAAAACGUACCACAGCAGUGCAUAACAAAACAGUUGCGUAUACUACAUAUCCCAGAAACACCAACAGCACUGACCCUCCAGGCACAAGAACCACAGCUCCGAAAGACCUGCCCCCUGCCGUCACCACAACAACCACCAGCACAGUAGUCAUGACAACUGGAUUUAACAUAGCCCUGCUGCUGAACGAGACCCAAGAUCCCCUCACUCUCAAUAUCUCCAUGGUGGGGAAGGUGGUGUCCCGCCUGGAGGAGGUGCUCUCCAGUCCGGACAUCAGCCUGUCCCUGGGUCACUCAGCAAUCGCCAUCAUCAGCAAUCUGCUCGGUGCCCCUGCUGCUGCUCUGGCAUCAUUCUCCACCAGGAUCAUCAGGAUUGUGGACACUGUCGGCUUGAAGCUGGUGCUACCGGAUACGACAGAAACCAUCUCUGCAAAUUCGCUUGCUGUGGCUGUGACAAAAAUAGACGCCUCAAACUUUCAGCAGACAUCAUUCUUCGUCUCUGAUUCUGCCGGCCUGCAAAUAAAGGUCACCAGCGAGCCUAAAGUCGCAAGUAGCUCUGAACCCCUGGGCUCCAUCACGCUUCCCUCCUCCCUGACUGAUGGACUGACCCCGGCAGAUAAACCUCUGGCCUCCAGAAUCCAGUUCAACUACUACCUGAAUGGCACUCUCUUCCAGGACAGAAACCUUGGAAGCCAGAAGCUGAACAGCGGCGUUCUUGGUACCAGUGUGGGCAACCUGUCAAUGAAGGGCCUCAAAGACGACGUGAUCUUCACCCUGAGGAAUGCACAGCCCCCCCAGAGCUCAUCAAAUGUCUCCUGCGUGUUCUGGGACUUUCAAUUUAAUGGAGGAUCGGGGGGCUGGAACACGGCUGGCUGUUCUGUCCAGAAUAAAACAGAUGAACACACUGUCUGCAGCUGUAAUCACCUGACCAGUUUUGCAGUGCUGUUGGACAUAUCCAGGGGUGGCAUCAGUGAUCCCGUACAGAAUAUCAUCCUCACCUUCAUCACCUACAUCGGCUGCGGGGUCUCCGCCAUCUUCCUCUGCCUCACCUUGCUCACCUACCUGGGCUUUGAGAAACUCCGCAGGGACAUCCCCUCCAAGAUCCUGAUCCAGCUGUCCCUGGCCCUGCUGAUGCUUAACCUGGUCUUCCUGCUGGACUCCUGGCUGGCGCUGUAUCCUCAGGCCGUGGGCCUCUGCAUCUCCACCGCCUUCUUCCUGCACUACUUCCUGCUGACCUCUUUCACCUGGAUGGGGCUGGAGGCCUUCCACAUGUACCUGGCACUGGUCAAGGUCUUCAACAACUACGUGAGCAGAUACAUGCUCAAAUUCUCUCUGAUUGGCUGGGGGGUCCCGCUGGUCGUGGUUAUCAUCGUUAUUGCCAUCAACAAGGACAACUACGGCCUGAUUGCCUACGGGAAGUACACAGACGGAUCCACGGAUGACUUCUGCUGGCUGAAAAAUGACACCGCCUUCUACGUGGCUGUGGUUGGCUACUUCUGCUUGGUGUUCCUGCUCAACUCGGUCAUGUUCGUGGUGGUCCUGGUGCAGCUGCAUCGGGUCAAGCGGCAAAACCCCCACAACGUGCAGCAGCAGAAUGUGUGGCAGGAGCUCCGCAGUGUGGCCGGCCUCACCGUCCUGCUGGGGCUCACCUGGGGAUUCGCCUUCUUUGCCUGGGGGCCUGUCAACCUGCCCUUCAUGUACCUGUUUGCCAUUUUCAACACUCUGCAAGGCUUGUUCAUCUUCAUCUUCCACUGUGCCAUCAAGGACAAUGUCCGCCAGCAGUGGAGGACCUACCUGUGCUGUGGAAGGCUCCGUCUGGCAGAAAACUCAGACUGGAGCCGGACAGCCACCCAAAACACUACCUUGAGGCACACCUCUGUGAUUACCAUGCCUUCCAUUCAUUCUGGCAACACGUUCAGCACCUCCCUGCCAGCCAGCGAGGCCGGCAGUACUAGGCGCAGCAAUGGGGGGUCACCUCUCCCCCUUGACUACAGUCCAUGAGUGUCGAGCUCCGUGUCGCCACUGGUGCUUGUGAACGAGAGUGUGCCAAGUUGGGGCACUAGUGACCUGCAUGGACAUGUCCCCAGGCUGAGGGCAGUGUGAUGACAUUCCUGCAGGAACUGAAUGAGUAUAGCAGCAAUGGAGUAUGGUCAAUUACCUAAGAUAUGGCUGACCGCCUGAGAUACGGCCAGUCGCCUGGGAUAUGGCUAUUUUCCAGGCAUUGAAAGUAACCUCAGAAUUUACCUAAUGUGUAACCAGGUCAUGGAGCAUUGCACUCCACUCUAAGCAGUAUUAAAAAGUCUCACUAUGGCAAGAAGAAACUUCCAUUCAACACUUUCAAAGCAAAGGUACAAGGCUACAAAGCAGUGCAAGGCAUUCUGGGAAGGAAAAGAGCCUGCCGGCGAAUCAGCACCUGUUUGAGCACCCAACAGGCACUAACAGACACUUUUUGCUGACAUGGUUCUUCUUAAAGAUGUACCCUACUGGCCAGACCACCACUUCUACACAGGAGUACUGACCCUCAUUACUGAGCCUGAACCUAAUGUUUUAAGUUGUACUUAUGAAGUUGUUUUUGUAGAAACGUGAGCUGCACCUAUGAAGUGAACCAGCUGUUACAGCUUUUAUUGUUCUUUGUAGAUUUAAUUUAAUUCCACAUAUAAGAAAAGAAAAGUAUAUUAAAGAUGCUCUUGUGUCAGUUUCA